GUCUUUCUCGCUGUAUUCUAAUAAAACGUGUUCAGUGGGAGGGUUUUUGUGCUCUGCAGCAUUGGUUUCCCUUUAGUCUCUCUCUCUCUCUCUCUCUGCGCGACAGUGUGAGACACCCACAGGAUGUUCCCCGCUCGCUGUGCGGUGGCCUGCGUCGCGUUGACGCUCCUCAGCCUCGGCCGCCUCGCCUGGAGCGCUGUGAAGAUAAUCCAGCCCUACCGAGUGGUGAGCACCAACGGUACGGCCCGGGUCCAGUGCUUCCUCCAACACCGGCCCUCCAACCCCCGGAUCCAGCCGACCUACGAACAAACCCCGGCGUACCCGCACCCGGAGCCCGAGGAGCUGCGCGUGACUCUCCUGAAGGGCCUCCGCGGCACCCGCCAGUUCUGCUCGUCCUUCCUCAGCGCCACCGGGCAGAGGGAGACAGCCGAGGAGACGGAGGGAGAGUGCUCCGCCCGGGUGACAGAGGGCGCCGUGGAGGUGACGCUGUCCGGACUGAAGGCCGCGGAUACAGAUAUGUAUCGCUGCGAGAUAGAGGUCUUCUUCCCACCGCCGUACCUGCGGCUCACCGGCAACGGGACGCUGCUGCACGUGUCAGGCAGCUCCGACUGUCCCGUGCCCGGGCCUCGGAGACAGAUUGCACAGCGGCGUGACGGUGAGGAGGGUGAUGCGGGGGAUGAGAGGAAGGCACCUGUCAGUGUUCCCGUGGUUGUACUGGUGACACUCGUCAUGUUUGUCCUCAUCAUCAUCAUCUACUUCCAGGCCGUGCAGUGCAAACAAGGGAGGCGGGAGGAUGUCAGGCUGGUGCCUGGAGUGCUUCACAAGGUGGACGCUGCUGCAUUUGCGUGUUAAAACUUUGCAGGAAACACCCACUGAAUAUUCCCACCGGGCUCAUUGCGUCAGCCGUUGAUUUUGAAUGGAGAGUUUGGGGAUUACAGGGUUGGUGUUGACAAUUCAUUUAAAACUACCUCUGUUUUGAUUUGAGGUUUUUUAUGUGGUUAUCUUAUUGAGGAUAAAAAAAAAAUGUUUACAUUGUUGUAAACACAAGAAGUGAAACACAUGUGGGGCUUGAUUCUUAAAGGUUAUCCUUUAAAUUACAAAACUGAAAUGCUUGAAGUUAAACUUAAAAAUGCAGAUGAAAAUGUGACGCAAACAGGAAUUUGUUGUUUUUUGUUGUCAGUUUAUUUUGUUGCCAUUGCACUGCAGCAAAAAAUAAUGUUGGAUAUAUUUUAUUGAACUUUAAAUUGAAGUUUUGUGGAACGUAUUAUACUUUUUUUAAUACCUGAAUACAUUUUUCUUUUUUCACAAUUCUCCAUUAACCAAUAACACAACUGAACAAAGCAACAGAGUGAAGAUAUAAAAAGUGGUUCAAAUGUCAUUAUGGAUGCUGAAUAAAAUAACAAAUAAGU